AUGGAGUUCCCGGAUCUAGGUGCUCAGUGCGCCGUUAAAUCGUGUCGAAUGCUGGAUUUUUUACCAGUGCGGUGUUCGGGCUGUCAGUUGGUGUUCUGCAAAGACCACUACUGUUUUGAUUGUCAUUCCUGUCCCGUCGGUAAUUCUAGGGAUCGACAGGUUCCAGUUUGCCCUCUAUGCGGUGCUCCGGUUCCUACUGGCCCAAACGAAUCGGCUGAUGUCAAAGUUGGUCAGCACAUAGAUACGUCAUGUAAAUCCCAGCCUGCACUGGCACUCAAGGGAAAGUUUAAUGAGCCUUUCUGGACCGAGUACUUAUGCUUGGUUGUUUUAUACGUGGUAAAUAUAUUUUUGCUUUCGUCACAGAUAUUUAAGAAUGUCUGCUCUUUGCCCAAGUGUAAAAAGAAGGAAUUAGUUCCUUUCCGCUGCGAAAGAUGUCAUCUCAAUUACUGCAUUAGUCAUCGUAAUGAAAUGGACCAUAACUGUAAAGGUCCCCAAGAUGGUUUCUCUGGCGGCAGACAAAUGAAUAUUGCAGGAACCGCAGCGAUCAGACGUGCCGUCGCUAAGGUAAGAUUAGUGUCCCCGAAGUCAAACACUAAUAACGCUGCAGCAAUUGCUAAAGCUCAGCAGGAGGAAGAAGACAGGCAACUCGCAAUGGCUCUCGCUGCCUCAAUGGAAGCCGAGGAACAGGAAAAUCGACAGCGGAUGGCGACACAACUCGCAACAGCAGCUGAGCGGCGACAGCGUACGCCUGCUUAUUCGGCCAGCGAGUGCAACGUUAGCUGA